AUGAGACGAUCGCUUGCGACACCUUGUCCUGUACCGAUAGGCUCCUUCGCGAAUUUUGACGACACCUACAACGAAGACACAAGCACGGAGUUCGAAUACACAACUGCCUUUCAAGCAUCUUUUCGCAACGUGAAACCUAAAAGAGCUGGAUUUGCGCGUCGAGGGAACAGCAAUUUCGUGAUACACGAGGACGGAAACGAUGAAGCACAGAGAACAGGUGUAAAUGAAGGAGCGCAAAAAGUGACAGCAUCGUCAGGGCUUGUAAAACCCGCCAGACGCGUUGCUACGCAGACCAGAGAACCGAUCAACAGCCUAGAGCCUGUCCUUAAGGCCGAAGUACGGAGAUACAACGGAAAACAACCGCAAAGAGCUUGCCGAGCGGCUAGACGUUCAUGUCUACCGUCUUCAAGAACAUCUGAAGAAGUAGUCAGGCAAGAAGAUGCUGUGGACGGAAUCCCUGAACCGCGAAGAAUUGCAGUCGAACGACAUGUUGCCCGAAGGAAGACUUUGUAUAUACCUUCUGAGGAUACCACACAGCCAAAAAUGUGGAUGGGUGCCUUCUUUUCAGUUGAGAAUGGGCUACUAGAAGAGCAAAUAGAGCUCACUGGAAUCGCUGCGCGAAUGGCUGAGAAAGCAAAGAAACAGGCCUCAAAUUUGGCUAAGCCCAGGCGUGCCCCUUUGAAACAGAUUCAUGCUGCACAAGAGGAAUCAGAUCGAGUAGAUCGAGCCGGUGCACCUACUGGCAAGGAAAACUUCCCACCUUUACAUACUAGGGACUCUAAGGAAGGAGAAACAGUAACGCAGUUGCAAUCUCACGACGCUCCGAACGAUAAGGAUCUGCAGAGAAAGAAAUUCAUCUCCCAAGCACGUCUUGAAAAGCUGUCGAAGACUGGGUCUCAGACGCAAUGCAGCUCUGUAGACAUGAUGUACGAGGUUGGCAGAAGGCGGCACGAAUAUCAGCAGUCACCAAGAACAAAAGCCGUCAGGAAAUCCGGGCCCACCACUCUCGAACGUCGAGGCCAAGAGUCUCUGUACGAAGAUGUUCCAGACACAGCUGCUUGUGACGGAGACCAAGGACCAGCAGCUACUUCAGCUUUGACCAACGUCGAUGAAGUUUUGCAGCCUAUGCCCGAGGACCACGUCGAGGUGAAUUCUCGAACGCCUCUCCUGGACCAUGUAGAGCAGUCCACGACCUGCGAAGAACUCUGGCAGGGGCCCCAAGAUGUCGCCGCCUCUCAAGCAACGACCAAGCUAAUAGAGGAAUUUGCAACUCUGGACCACGAUAUGUUGCGAUCACAAUUGUUGAAGAAGUACCAAAGUCCCGAAAUCAAUUUGCUUCAAAGUCAUGUUCAAGCUGCGCUGCUUUAUGGCACCUUGAGCCUAUCUUACGAAUCUAUAUUGUGGAUACACAACGUUACACGCGACGUCGAACUUAAACGCCAAUUUUUGGGCUUCUGGUUGGAUAACUAUGACAACGAUUUAUUAGAAGCUGCACUCGUGGUCGUGGCAGAGAGACAGCCUUGUGCGCCAGCCAACCGAGCAUGCAAACCCAUUCCUCUGCUACUCGACAGGCGCAGAGCGCUAUCCAAUUCCAUUGACUCUUAUCUACUUCGACACGAGGAGCCUCACUUCAAGUCUGCUGGUACUGGUGUCUCCUGCAACGAUCUGGGCAGCAAGACGAUCUUGAAGAGUCUCAUGCUUGUUAAAGCCUUAGACAUGUCAAAAGAAGGACCCCGUUCCAUAACUGCCAAUCAGCUCUUUCACCAACAUGCCAACUUAAAGUCCUCGGCAGAGGCUGUACAGUCGUUGAUGAAAUUGCUGAAUCCUGCAGUACAGAAUCCAGUACGUGCACUGAAGCAGCUUGGCUAUCAAGUUACGUACGAACAGCAAGAAGCAGAUGAGGUGUCCUACUGA